CGUCGUCUCAUCAGUUUGUACGAAGUAAGUUAUUUCGUAUGUCAACUCAAGCACACCCCCCAUACAGUCUGUGCGGGGCUUCUUUGGGACUCCGUACGGACACGUACACACACGCACACACUGGCGCGUGCGGACUUUGAUGCGCCUCACCAUCAUUAGGCUGAACCGAGUCCCGAAGCAAAUCAGCGCAAGGAAGACCUGCUACAAGGCGAAAGCGGCAGCAGCGACGACGACGACAGCGGCGUCUCAGGUCCGUGGGGACAUCAAAGCAGGCUCUUCCUCUCCGCGGCGGUGGCGAAGGGCGGCGCACUCACCACUCACCGUCUUCUCACCGAGACGCCCACCAGCAUCAGCACCGGCACCGGCACCAGCUGUUGCCGCGUGCGAGCCGACGACGAGGAUGGCCGACGUCGACAACCCCGUCGCCGACGAGGCCGCGCGCGGGAUGCGGCACCUGGACCUGGAGGACAGGGCGGGCGACAGGUCGUCGGACCGGGUGCGGACUGCACGCGGCGGCGGCAGAGGGGGUCGCCGCGGGGCCAAGGGCGGUGGCGGCGGCGGCGGUGAAGGUGGUGGCCGCGAAGUGCAGGUCUCGCGGGCGCUGUCGAGGCUGCUGCGGCACCAGGCUGCGAAUGCGGGCAUCAAGUUGGACGGCGAGGGCUUUGCUCCUCUGGACCAGGUGCUCGCCUGGGGCCCGCUCAAGUCUCUCAAAGUCACCCUCGCCGACGUGCAGUCCAUUGUCGCCUCGAACGAGAAGCAGCGGUUCGCACUCAAGCCAAACCCAACGCCGUCAGCAUCAUCAUCAUCAUCAUCCUCCUCCUCCUCCUCCUCCUCCUCAUCAUCAGCAGCAGCAGCAGCAGGGUGGCUCAUCCGCGCCAACCAGGGGCACUCGAUCCGGCUCGAGUCGUCGUCGCUGCUCGAGCCCGUGACGCUCGAGGCGGGCAACGUGCCGGCGCGCGUCCUGCACGGCACCUACUUCGCCUUCUGGCCGGCCAUCGAGGCGUCGGGCGGCCUGCGGCCCAUGGGGCGCAACCACGUGCACUGCUCCGCGGGGGUCCCCGGCGAGGAUGACGGCGUGGUCAGCGGCAUGCGCGCCGACGCGGAGCUGCUCGUCGAGGUGGACGUGGCGGCGAGCCUGCGCGACGGUGGCGACGGCGACGGCGGCAGUGGCAUCACGUGGUGGCGGAGCGACAACGGCGUGCUGCUGACCGAGGGCGAUGCCGACGGGCUGCUGAGCUCGCGCUUCUUUAAGAGGGUCACGGGCCGCAGGGUCGACGUCGGCGUGCUGUGGGAGGAUGGUGAGAAGAAGGCUGACUUGCCGCCGGGGAUUAAGGGGAGAGUGCCGCAGGGGAAGGGACCUAGAAGAGGAGGAGGCGGCGGUGGGCGAGGUGGGAGGGGAGGGAGGGGAGAGCGCCCACGCGGUUCAUAG